CAAGCCCAUGGAUCUAUAUAAAUUGCCGAGGGCCGAAAUGGAGCCUCCACAGCCCCCCCUCUUUCUUCCCUCUCUGAUCAAGAACCAUCCUAUAGAGGAGGGAGACGCAAUCUCCUCCAUCGCGGAGUCCGUGGAAGGCCCGAUGGCGGCGGAGGAGGACGUCCGCCUAGAGGUGGAGGCCGUCCAGGCCGUCUAUGGCGCCGAUUGCAUCGUGAUCCGGGACUUCCCGCCCCAUGUUUCCGUCCACAUCAGGCCUCGUACCGCCGAAGAUUCGUCGCAGCAGUUUGUGGAAGUCAUCCUUGGUAUAAAAGCAUCUAAUCAGUAUCCAAGCACACCUCCUCGUGUGUACAUUGUGGAAGCGAAGGGCCUUGAUGAAAGUCGACAAACAUAUCUAAUUACUACCAUACAGAGUAAAGCAUUGGAGUUAUCUUCUUGCUUGAUGCUUGUAGCCCUUUGUGAGGAAGCAGUGGAGGUUCUUUCUAAUAUGAACCAUCCUGAAGGAAACUGCCCUUUGUGUUUGUAUCCUUUGGUUGCCAAAGAUAAGACUGGCUCUUCUUUGCCAUUUAUGAAGUUGAUGUCUUGCUAUCACUGCUUUCAUAGUGAAUGCAUUAUCAGGUUUUGGAAAUGGGUACAGGAGGAGAGAGAAUCCAAAGCAACUGAGACAGCCACAGCUACCAAUCUUGAAAGCACAAGAGAUCAGCAAAAAGGAAAUUGUCCUGUUUGUCGCAAGGUGUUCGAUGAGAAAGAUAUUGAGCAUGCUCAUGAGUAUCUGGAACCAGAUUCAUCUUGCAUGGGUCUUUCAGGAAUAGACGAGGGAGAAGAUGACGAGCUGCUACUUUCAAAGUCGGAGAAAAACAGAAGGCAGCAUUUUGAGGCCCUCUUGAAGUUGCAGCAGGACAACAAUGGCUUAAUUGAACCCAGGAAAGAUCUCGCCAUACUACCUGGAAUGUUUCUUCCUGAGCCCAUCAACCCGCCCACUGUAUCCUCAGCAACCAGCAGCGAGUCUGUGAUUCCGCCUACAUCUGCAGGAACCAGUGAAAAAGAUGCUGACCAAGCUGUUUCACGCCAUGCUUCUGAGGAAACAGAUGCAAGCAACCCCACGAACAAAACCACCAUGAGCAACAACAGGAAGAACACAAACAUGAGAAGAAAGGGUAGAGCCCACACUCCAAGAGUACAACAACAUGGGCAGUCCACUAGAAAACAGUGGAUUAGGAAGGAGCCGAAUACUUCACACCAAUAACACACACUCAAAAUGUUAAUUUUCUUUUCCUUUUCCUGUGAUCACUCCCCACAUCAGCAAUUUUCAUUAUUGUUGUGCGAGAAAGAGGAGAGCUGCUGUUUUCUACAUUCAUAACUGCCCACAAAGCUGCUUUGCUACGGUGAACCCUUUUCCAAA